GAUGAGUCAAAAACAAAGAUUCUCAGCUAUCUGUGAUCAGAGAGCAUACGGACCAGAGAGAACUAAGUCUUUGCCACCAACGGAAUGGAGGAACCCAAACCUCAAGUCCUUGCUUUGGUCAAGGUCCCUCUGCUAACCGUUGAAGAUGUGAGGAUUUCCGCAUACGUGAGGAGCCUGGUCAGGAACCAUCUGGAUGAGCUGGAAACGAGGCCCACAAGUGAGGCGUGCUUGACUCUGAUGGUUGACGCCUGUCACCAUAUUGUUAUUUUAACAUGCACCAGGAUCCUCGAGGCCAUCAAGCCUGUCACCUCCCACUGGCACAGGAAAGCCCCUCGCAUAUUUGACAAUGUCUUUCCUGAAAUGUGCGUGUUUGGCGUUGAAGAAAAGGACGUGACUGCCAAGAUGGAACACGUCCUUCCACGCAGCUUCGCCAGAAGCCUGGGCAUCUCCGAAGUCAUACCCUGUGAGAGCCUGGACAUUUUCAUCCAGCUGGUCUCCAAAGAGAUCACAGAGAAGGUUAACUCGCGCAUAAAUCUGAUCCUGAAAACACAGUUUUUCUGCUACCCCCUAAAAUUUGACUGCAACUGCAUCAAGUACACCACUUUAGUGUGCAUGAUCGGUUACGCGUUCAAAAUUCUGAAAUGCCUGCGCAGGAAGAAGUGCGAGUGCAUCUGUGACCAUGAGAUGAGCGACAUGGAGAAGCUGACUUUCAGCUCCGACCCCAAGGACAGGAUGGAAGAUGGCAUGAAGCUGGAGAGCAUUGAUAUGAAGUUAGGGAACUAUGAAGUCACCUACACUUCUGCGAACCAGAAAGCCAUGGAAAUUUUGUUGGACUUCUCAGACUUCAUACGUCUCCAAGGAAUGGAGGAAAACAAUUUCUCAGUUGACAACUACAGAACCUCAGCGAACGAGGACUAUCCCAGCAGCAGCUCCUCCGAAAACAUGGGCCUGAGAGAUGAGGAAGGUUCACUUCAGUACGACACUGACUACGACGAGAGCAGCAUUGAAAGUUUUCAAAGCAACGAGAACAGUGAAUCCUCUCACUGUGUCUCCAACACUCUUCAGUCUGUGACGGAUGACGUCAAGAAGCGCGAGCUCUUCAUCCUUUUGCUGGCUGGCCUGCUGUUGCAUACCCAAAAAAGGGCGCAGACGAUACUCCCCCAGUCGGAUUUCAACACCAUUGUCAAUAACCUGCGUGACAAAGCGCUCGCCAGCGAGAUCCAUCACAGCGACAUUGCAGUCAGCUCCACGGCCUCCAGUGUGGAGAAGUGCAACAAGGCUCUUUUUAAAGAUCUGUGCGGGAGGUUUGGUUCUGCCAAGGAGCUUCUCCGAGCCCUGAAAACACAGGUUGCCGACGACGUCGUAAUUGAAGCCUUCAAGGCUCAUGUCACAAUGAAGUCUUCGCUCUUAGGCAGAGUGACCAAGUUUUUCUCUCGAGUUGGCAAAAAUAAGCCGUCCCCGUUUGAGAGCACCGCAGCCGUGGCGCUGAACCACCAGGAUCUCCUCUAAGACGCCGGCCAGCGCUCGCAAGUCGACACAUGAAUCACAGAUCUAAAACCAGUGGCUUGUCAUUCCAAACUGAACGCUCAUGUUCUGUCCUCAGUCGAGUCGUAGAUGUUCCAUGACACUGAAGGUUUCUGACUCAGUGUGUGCACUGCUGAAGGAAAAUCAUGUUGUUUGAUAGCAAUAAUAAAAUCUAUAUCUCUGUCACCUGGUCAACGAUGGUCAUUUUACCCAUGCGUAUGUACUCGCAUACAUUUAUUCUGUCAAUAUAUAUUUUAAAAAAAAGCAAAUUUCAUUGACUAAUGUCCAAAUAAUAUAUUCCGUCCUGUGCACAUACCAGAUACCAUAACCAUAGAUGCUUCGCAUUAACAUUUUCUUUUUCAUGUUUCAAACCACAAGCCAAAUUAAAGG